GAAAUGAAAGUGAAAAAAGCAACUGAUAGUGCUUAAUGUAUAUCUUGAAUCUUUAUAAAUAGAUGAGAAUGAAUACCUUGCUUUUUAAGAAGAUAAGUUGUAAGCUAAAAUGAGAAAAAAAUAAGUAUGACAUUAAUUAUAAUUGAGGAACGAGAAUUAGAAUAAUUGAGAUUGUAUGAAUAAUAAAAAGCAGAAUAGGAAAGACGUAAAUUUUCAAUUCUAGAACAAACCAAAUCAAAAUAAUAGUAAAUAGAAUAGGCUUUGAAGGAGAAGAAAUUAUUGGUAAAAAAGAGAAUCAUUAUUGUAUUAGAUAGAAUUAAAGAAGAAGGAAAAAGAGAAAGAAAAGAUGCUCUAAAUUUAAAAGAUAGAUUAGGAACGAUUGAAAGAGUUAGCAUAAAAUGAUUUAUCAAAAGAUUAAGUCAUAGAGUAACUUAAUGCUAAUAAAAAUAAUAAUAAUAAUUAAGAAGUAAUCUUGACUGAUAGAAAUAAGAAAUCUAAUGUUAAAAAGUAAGAAAAAGAGAUAAAUAUUAGAAUAGCAGAAGGAAUAGUCAAAACACAACAGGAGCAAACUCUAAUUAAAAAAAUACAAUUAGAUAAAAAUUAAAAAGAAUAGGAAGAUAUCUGGAAAGAAUUAAAUGAUAAAAAAGAAUUACUUAUGGAUGAAUUGAAAUAGGCAAAGAAAAAAUAAAUAAAAAAAAUUAAAUAGAAAAAUGAAGAAGAAAAAAAUGCAUAUUAUUAAGAGAAACUAUAAAAGAUAAAUUAACAUUAAAAGAAAUUAGAUGACAUUGAAGUUAAUCAAUAAAUUAAAUAGAUAAUUUUGGAAUAGAAAAAGAAGGAGAAAUUAGAAAAGUUGAAAAAGGUUAUGGUAUUAAAUAUUUCAAUAAAAUUAAUUAGUAAAAUUAUAAAAAAAUUAUGUCUGAAAAAAGCGAAAAGGCAUAAUUAAAAGUUUAAUAAGUGGAAUAAAAAAUAAAUUUGAUUUAAGAGAGAAUGAAAUAAGUAGAAGAAAAGAUAGAAUUAUGUGAAAAAGAAAAAAAUAAUCAUAGAAAAAAUGUAUUAACUAUUACAUAAGUAGAUUAAAUCAAGGAAUGGUAAUAUUCUUAAUAAUAAAAAUGAAACAUUUUAAGAGAAAUUAAGAUUAAAAGAAGAAGAUCACGAAAGAUCAUUAACUGAAAAUUAAUCAUUAUCAAAAUUAAAAUAAGAGUUAGAAAGAUAGAAAAAAGAAGAAUAAAUUAAAGAACAUAAAAAAAAGGCUGCAGAAAUGUUUUAAGAAAUUGUAGAAACAAAAAAUAAAAAAUUAUAAGAUAAACUAGAAAAGGCAUAGCAAUUUAAAGAUGAUAAAGAAAAAUUGUUUUAAUAAUAAUAACAGUUAUCUAAGGAUAUUGAACGCUAAAAAAAAUAAUUAUUACUAAAAAGUCCUAAAAAAGUAGUAGAUUAAUGA